UGGGUAGCAACAGUUGCCCCGGUGAGGGAACACGGAGGGCGCCAUAGCCACCGUAGUCGUGGCGACCAGGAAACCCGGCAACAACAACGACAACAACAACAACCGCCGCCGCCCACCCUCCCCGAUUCCCGCCAAAAUCGAGAGAGGGGGGGACGAUAGUCGCGACACCGUCCCCGCCCCUCCCCAGGAGGGGACGCGGCCUCGAGGGGCCGGGGCGGUCCAGGAAGCAAAAAAAAAGCCUUAUUUAUUAUCAUUUUCCCCACUGUUGGCAUGGCAACACAGGCGUACGUUACAGAAUUACCGGCAGCCCAACAACAGUCACAACAGCAACAACAGUCACAGCAACAGCCAGCAGCAACGGCAGCCACGGCAGCACCUGUGGUGGUGGCGGCGGCAGCAGCAGCAGCAGCUCAGCAACAGUAUGUGGCGGAAUUGCAAGGUGCGCAGCAGCAACAGCCCACGCCGAAACAGUAUGUCUCAGAAAUCCCGCCUCCCCAGACGCAGGCUCCACCCACUGGACAACAAACCCCAACGCCAGCCCCACAGCAGUACAUUGUAGUGACUGUCUCAGAAGGCUCCAUGAGGCCCAGUGACACAGUUUCAGAAUCCAGUCCAGGUUCCACAGCUACACAGUCAGGGGUACCGACUCAGGUGGUCCAGCAAGUCCAGGCUACUCAGCAGAGGCUAUUGGUCCAGGCCAGCGUGCAGACAAAGCCUGGAACAGUAUCUCCACUACAACUUACAAGCGUGCAAGUACCUCAGCAGCGGCUGGUGGUACAGAGUACUUCACAGGCUAGUAAAGGAGGACCAGUCGCGCUGGCCGUCCAUGGCGUGCAGCAGGUCCACUCUUCGCCUGAGCACUCCCCUGUCCAGAACAGCAGCUCUGCCGCUAAACCGGGACAAGUACAGCAGCUCCAGGUCCACGGAGUCCAGCAAGUGCCUGUUGCACAAGAGAGAUCUGUUGUGCAGACAACUCCCUCCGCUCCCAAAGCUGGUGCAGUGCAACAACUUGCAGUGCAAGGACUUCAACAGGUUCAUGUCACUCAAGAGAGCACAGACAGUGGCCCUUCUAAGAGCAGUCAGCAGUCGCAGCAGCAGGAGCAACAAGGAGUACAGCAAGGUUUCUCCCUAGAGUGCAGCAGCAGCAGCAAUGGCAAUCGCAUCAGCAGCAGUGCACCCCAGCUGGCCAGUUGCUGUUUGUCCAGCCCAGAGCACAGGCUCCACUACAUGCACUCCUUAGAUUCCGCCUCGGAGCAGUGGGUGGAGCUGGUCCGCAUGCUUCCUCAGCCGCUCCUCCUGCCACAACAGAAGGUGGUGAUAGAGCAGCUACCAUUCCUCUCCUCUCAUCACUCCAGCCCUGAUCAGAGAGUCAAGAUUCAGAGAGUCCCUCAGGUGCUAGUGUUUGGAACAGCAGCAACAGCGCUUAAAGUCCAGCAGCUCCAGCAAGUACCUGUCCAGCAUGUCUAUCCUAACCAGGUGCAGUAUGUGGAAGGAGGAGAUGCCAGCUACACAGCAAGUACCAUACGCUCCAACACCUAUCCCUACACGGAGACCCCUCUCUACACACAGAACACUGGAGCAAACUACUAUGAAUCACAAGGCACCUCAACGCAAGUCACCACCCCAGCAACCUCCCAGGCAGUGGCCAGUAGUGGCUCAGUGCCCAUGUAUGUCUCUGGAGGGCAGAUCAUAGCCAAUCCAAGUGGAGGCAGCAGUGCUGGAGGAGGCGGAAGUGGAGGCGGAAGCGGAGGAGGUGCCGGCAAUGGUGGAGGCAGCACAGCUGGUGGAGGAGGUGGCGGCAGCAGCAGUAGUGGCAGCACAGGGACCUACGUGAUUCAAGGAGGCUAUAUGCUGGGAAGUUCAAGCCAGUCCUAUUCACACACCACCCGUGCCUCCCCAGCAACUGUCCAGUGGCUGUUGGAUAACUAUGAGACCGCUGAGGGUGUGAGCCUUCCCCGCAGUACCUUGUACUGCCAUUACCUCCUGCAUUGCCAGGAGCAGAAACUGGAGCCAGUCAAUGCAGCAUCCUUUGGCAAGCUGAUCCGUUCGGUGUUUAUGGGUCUCCGUACUCGCCGGCUUGGAACCAGAGGGAAUUCCAAAUACCACUACUAUGGGUUACGCAUCAAAGCCAACUCCCCACUGCUACGGCUCAUGGAAGACCAGCAACACCUGGCUAUGAGGCAACAGCCCUUUUCCCAGAAGCAGAGGCUCAAAACCAUUCAGAAGAUGGAGGGCAUGACCAAUGGAGUAGCUGUGGGUCAGCAGCAGGCUUCUGGACUGUCUGACAUUAGUGCCCAAGUGCAACAGUACCAGCAGUUCCUGGAUGCCUCUCGCAGCCUGCCUGACUUUGCAGAGUUAGACCUACAAGGGAAGGCCCUCCCUGAGGGCAUUGGGCCUGAAGAUUUGAAAGCUUUCCAGUUGCUCUAUAGAGAACAUUGUGAGGCAAUUGUUGAUGUGAUGGUCAACCUGCAGUUCACCCUGGUGGAGACACUCUGGAAGACAUUUUGGCGAUACAAUAUGAACCAGCCUAGUGAAGCCACCCCAAUUGUUAUCCAUGAUGAAGCAGAGAAGCGCCUCCCAAAAAGCUGCUUGGUGACCCUGUCCAAAUAUGAACCUGUUCUCAAAUGGACAAAGGACUGUGACAACUUGCUGUACCAGGGGCUGGUAGAGGUCUUGAUCCCAGAAGUGCUCCGGCCCAUUCCGAGUGCCUUGACGCAAGCAAUCCGAAAUUUUGCAAAAAGUUUGGAGAGCUGGCUGACAAAUGCCAUGAUGAAUAUUCCAGAAGAGAUGGUCCGUGUGAAGGUGGCAGCAGCAAGUGCCUUUGCCCAGACCCUGCGGCGUUACACCUCCCUGAACCAUCUUGCCCAGGCUGCCCGGGCCGUCUUACAGAACACAGCUCAGAUUAAUCAGAUGCUGAGCGAUCUCAACCGGGUGGAUUUUGCAAAUGUCCAGGAGCAGGCCUCAUGGGUGUGUCGGUGCGAGGAUCGUGUGGUGCAGCGCCUUGAGCAAGACUUUAAGAUGACUCUGCAGCAGCAGAACUCUCUGGAGCAGUGGGCUGUGUGGCUGGAUGGUGUAGUCAGCCAAGUCUUAAAACCCUACCAUGGCAGCCCCAGCUUCCCCAAAGCCGCCAAACUCUUUCUCCUCAAGUGGUCCUUCUACAGCUCCAUGGUGAUUCGGGAUCUGACUCUGCGGAGUGCAGCCAGUUUUGGAUCCUUCCAUCUCAUCCGUCUCUUGUAUGAUGAGUAUAUGUACUACCUGAUAGAGCACCGUGUGGCUCAGGCCAAGGGCGAGACGCCUAUCGCUGUGAUGGGAGAGUUUGCGAACCUGACGAGUUCCUUGAACUCCUUGGACCCAGAUAAAGAUGAGGAAGAGGAAGAGGAGGAAGAGAGCGAUGAGGAAAUGCCCCAGGAGUUAUCUCUCAGCUCCAAUGAGUCCAGCAGCUUAACCGCCGACCCCAUGGAGCCACCCUCAAAGCUGGCACGGACAGACUCGCGAGGCAUCUUUGUGCAAGCAUUGCCCUCCAGCUAGAGUGACAAAAAGGGACUGACUGCUUAAAUGGCCAGCAGGAGGCCAGGGUGCAUCUUGCGCUGUGUUGUGCUGCCCUGCGAUAAAGAUGAGCUAUUCCUGUCUCCGA